AAUGGAUAUUCUAACGGAAAAGAAUCACAAUUAUCAUAUUCUUAAAGUUAAUUUUACAGAUGAAGAAGCGGAAGACAGGAGAAAGAAAGUAGAGCAGAUUAGAAAUGAAGUUUUUAAGGAAAUACCUUUAGAAGAACACGGAACUAAAACUCUUCUACAAUUGGCAAGAAUAUGGCGAAGUGAGAAAAGAGCUGAAAAGCAAUUUUUAAAAGAAAAGAUUAAAUUAAAAUCAAAUCAUCAAAAUAUUGACGUUCAAUAA